CGAAUAGUAACCUAGGGUAUUAUUAGUACAGCGUGAUAUGGUCUUUGGGGUGACAUUCUGUAACUUACUUCCUGUUAACGAAGCAUGUAUACCUGGUUCCGCAUCUUUAUCAAGAUGUUGCGCAAAGUCGACGGUGGCGGCACACGAGCAGCCGACCCGGAGUAUGUCAAGGACAUAGCUAAAGACUACGUCUGGCACGAGAUGGGCUUCUUCACCAGCUGGAAGAACGGGCGUGACAGCACAGGGAACGAUGACAGCACGCUCCGCAUCUUGUGCGUCGACACGCCCGACGAGAUGCCGAAGCGUAUCAAAGAGCUGCUGGAGGAGCGGCAGCAAGACCGGCCGGGAGAAGCGGCUAGAUUUGCGGAUCCGCUGGCGCUGCACGGGGUCCUGCUGGACAAAACCAUCAUGCUCUCGGACAUUGCUGUGUGGCGGGUCAGGGACCGGGUCCGCGAGAUCGAGCAGAGGGGUCAUAUCAGCGUCAGGAAGCGCUUCGAGGUCAUGCACGAGUCGUCGCUGCACCAGAACUUUGGGUUGAAUCUCGAUCCCGAGUACACCAUGCAGGCGCAGGAGUAUGGGCGCUUCCAGCUAGAGACGGUCAAGUCGAUGAAGUUGCGCUCCGUGUCCAACGACAAGAGACUCGACAAGGAGAUCACGCUUGCUUUCAACCAAAUCGCGCAGUCCGACAACACCGUAGUCAAGUCCAUCGCCGUCUUGUCCAUGUUCUUUCUGCCGUCAACCUUUGUCUCGGCAAUCUUCAGCACAAGCUUCUUCGAGUUCCAGGACUCCGGCUGGGCCAUGUCCGACAAGUUCUGGAUAUACUGGGCCGUGGUGAUACCAGCCACGCUCCUUGCACCUAUAUACACGAUGUUCGCAUUCAACAAGCCCAAGAAGCUGUGGAUAAACAUGCAUGCGCGCAUGGAGAAGUACAAGCGUGACAAGGAAGCGGCCAAGACGGCUGUGAAUGGCACAGUCAGAAGAUACUUGCGCGAGUUAGACAUUUUUAUCAUACUGUUGCAUUAA